AUGCACGACUGUUCGAUCGUCGUGACCGACGGUGUCCGCCGUGUACUCCACAACAGGGUGAGCGCAGGGAGGGUGGCUUGCGCUGCAUCUACCGCAGUCACCCCUCCCGCCAUCUGGACCUGGUGUCGCGACAGAGUCAAGAAGACCGGGGGGGAGGGGGCUCAAUUGGCUGGUAGGACUAAAACCCACACCCAGGCAUAUCACCACACCCCCUGGUUCUUAGUAUACACUGACCAAGAUUCUAUACGGCAAGAAAAGUGGGAGGGGGGGGGCACGGAUCCCAGUAGGCGGGUCGUAGGCCCGCAAAUGGGCGUGCCACCACACCCCAGUGUUGUCACUUGUUGUGGGUGCACCUUCGUGAUGACGCCUGCCGGACUCUCCUGUGUUGGUCCGACGCAUCUAAUGCGUGGCCCGUUUUAGGGGCACAUGCUGUCCAUGACUGUCAAGGUCACUUGUAAAGCUGAGCUUCCAAAGAGCCUAUUAUAUCGUUAGUACUGUCGGAGUAUCUGUGGCCCUCUACGCGUUCUGUAUGUUGUCUCUUUUCCGGUUGAGGUGGGUGAUGCAUGCAAGGCGACCGAUGACAGCCCUUUGGAUGCAGGUCGGAGGAGUCGACUGCGAAUGCGACAGAUGUGGAGGAAGUAGAAGCGCAGAGGUCGGUAUUUACGCGCCUUCCUGCUUAGGGGUCAAAAUUGACCCGCCUGGCGUUAAGGUCGACAACUUGUUUGUUCCGAGUUGCCACAGAGCUGGGAAGACUUCGUGAGAUGUCAUUUGGAGACCUCAUUGCACAAUCGGUCCAGCCUCUUGGAUGUAUUGGCUCAAGUACCUGAGGAUUCCAAGGCUUUCAGCGACUGCACACCUACUGAUGCCUGGAGGUCAUAAUUUGUUAUGCACAAGUCUACUUAAACAGUUACGGUAAUUAGGAGGUGGAGCGCAGACGAGGGUUCAAGGUACUUGGACCGACGACCAGCCAUGUGACAAGUUUUUGGCGCUCGCCCUCCAACAAUUCUGGACUUAGAUUGCCUUACGGGUCCGCUGAAGUUGGCGCUGCUUGCAUACGUUCCAAGGAGGUUGGCUUAUUUGGGGGGACCUCAGUCGGGCUAGUUCUACGGACUGUCGUGGUCCUCAUUGGCGAUGACGCAACACUGGGUCAGACGAAUAAGCGCGGCUUGAAAGACGUGUGCUGCGUUCCGUCGUGGCUCGUUUGCCAGCGUGAGCGCGUAACUUGUGACGUUGACUACUGCUCAGUAAAAUAUUGCCGUCCCGAGACGGAAGUCCCGGUGAUGGAGGGUGCAAAAGCGACGGAAGGCGAACUCUGACAGGAGCGGCUGAUUCGGAUCAUAGAGGCAUAAUUACCAUGCCGCUGGUCAACCGACACAAUGGCCUGCACGAGCUUAGCGACUAACGUUAGUAAGAACGGCGGUGAACGCGCGUGUGGACAGGAGAGCCCGAAAAUACGCUGCCACAGACGCGACAGGCAGCUUGCCUCAGCAAAAUGCCAGCCGCUUGAGCUGCAGGCAUUAUUUUUGUCCGAAAUUUUCUGUAUCAUCCGCUUUGGAGCCCAGAUGGGUGAGGUUAGAUCCACCCACUGUCUCUACUUAACUACUGCCGAACGUGGGGCUGGCGAUUGGAUUGUGUGAAUAGCCCUUCCGACGCCCAUCUGACCAACAUGCUUAUGGGCUUUCCCCAGGCUUUCGAAGUGCUGCAUCCUUACCCACAGGAAAGUCAGGACAAGACUACCGUAACUAAGCAAAUUGACCGAAAACUAUCUGGCAACGAAAGGAGAAGCAGAGAAACCGCCAGUCUCAACAACUUUCUCAGAGCCUCCGUCAGCCUCCAUCGAGGCAAGGACUAAUAGCAUGAGUAGUCUUUAAACCCACUAGACAUCCGCCUUUCACCAAAGCUUCCGCAAUUGUCAAUAGAAUCGGUGGCGAUCGGAUAUUUGACCCAAAUGAGAAAACGGUGGUCAGGAAUUCCUGCAAUACGGGAAUGGUUGUAAGAGGGGUUUUUAUGGGCGGGGUAGAAGAAACUGAAAGAUGGUUGUUUUCGGGAAACAAAAACAAAAAAACUACAUUCACGUUGAGAUUGUUUAAAUACACAAAUGGGGCGAAAAACUUCAGCGCACGACUCGAAAUACCGGAAAUUAGGAGUUGUAUAAGGGCAGAAAAAGGGAGAGUAAGGGCAUUGGUCAGAUAAUUCGGGCCACCUGAUCCCAACCUGUGACGAUCAAUGGUGUUGAAGGAGAAAGCGCGAAGAACAUGUCGUCAAAUUCAAAUAUCACGUUGCCCGCGACUGAAGAUGCAACUGAAGUUACCAACGCUGAUGGCGAAUGCCUAACAUUAACCUCUAAUUCUAAUCCUUGGUCCUAACUCUAACCCCAGCCUAACCCAUAAUCCUAUCGCUUGUUUAUAAUUAUAGACCUAACCCCAAUCUCGAACUCUAGCUUUAACCACUAACUCCCGAACACUUAGCCUAAGCCUAAUUUUAGCUCGAAUGCCAACCUUAAUAGUAACACUUGAGAAAGGCUUGAUGGGGAACGAGCGAAAGGGGGGGGGGUUAGAUUAAACCAACUCAAGUGGCACAAGUAGGCAAUUCACAAAGGCAAAGACUAAGCGGGACCAUAUAUCUGAUCGCCGUCGUCAAAAUCUGUUGCAAUGACAUGGGGUGCAGCUAUUUUGGGAAAACUGGAUGAAAACUGCAGAUCCGCAGCUCAGGGGCCAGAUCGAGAUGCGCAGCUUGCAGAUUAGAUCGGAGAAACUGGCGAUACUUUUGGCCCUGAAGGCGCGAACACUCUAAACCGAGGUGGGUAAAAGAUAGAGCGGGUCAAAAUUGAGACGUGGUAGUCGGAUGCCGACUCCAUCGAUGGGCAUGUUGAUCUCCCUCCGGUUUACAUAGUCGUGUACCGGCACCUGCACGAGGAUCAAACAGAGAUGACCGCGGCGAACUUAUGAAAACGACAAGAGACCGCAUGACAACUUACUCACACGACAGAGGGACCACCAGACCGAGCAAAUCCUGCAAAAGCUCAGUCAUUCCCCAUUGAGGUGCUGAUCCAUAACGCAAGCAUCUAUCAAGCCAACAAGGUAUCCACCAAGGGGCAGAGAUAGCAAAAGACAAAAAAUGCAUUAGCUCAAGAUGAGUUAUUUGACCUUGUUAAAAGCUGGACAAGCUCCUCCAGACGUCGGCAAUAUCAUAAAUCUUUUCCGGCAGGCCAUUUCGCCGGCGGGAAUACAGUGUCGCAACACUUAGAAUUGGCAGAAUAGUAUUACCGACAAAGACAAGGGAGACUGGAAUGGCCAUUUCUGGCUUAUUAGCCGUCGUCAGCCAGCCAUACCCAAGCCCGAAGUGUGGACCAUCCGAGCCUCGAACUCGCGACCUGUUGGUUUAGAAGUCAACGCCUCUACUCACCGGGCCACGAGCCCGUUGCCUUAGAAUUGUCUAUUCCCCCACCAGCCUGCCUUACGGGCGGACUACUACUACUACUACUACUACUACUACUACUACUACUACUACUACUACUACUACUACUACUACUACUACUACUACCACUACUACUACUACUACUACUACUACUACUACUACUACUACUACCACUAA